AAGCUGUAACUGCGCAGGCGCUAAGACAGCCAACCAAGAAGGCGGAAGGUCGGGUGCCGGAGGCUCUAGGAAGCUUCAGGGCGGAGAGUGAAGGAGCCAAUGGCUGGAAGGAGGGAGGGUGGGAGCUCAUGAUCUCGGGGAGGAGGCGCUAGAGAUGGGGUGAAGGGGCGUUCAGGGGCUCCGCGCGUCUAAGUCGUCCUAGGCUGCGGAAGUUGAGCAACUGGGAGGCGGGCUUAGGGCCGGAAGCAGGAAGGAGGGCUCAGGACGCAGGGCGCCGCUGCCAGCCUUGCAAUCGGCCGGUGGGACUGUCGGUGGCCAGAACAGGAUGGAGAAGCUGCGGCUCCUGGGCCUCCGCUACCAGGAGUACGUGACUCGUCAUCCAGCCGCCACGGCCCAGCUGGAGACGGCUGUGCGGGGCCUCAGUUACCUGCUGGCAGGUCGCUUCUCCGAUUCACACGAGCUGUCUGAGUUGGUGUACUCCGCCUCUAACCUGCUUGUCCUUCUCAAUGACGGGAUCCUUCGGAAGGAGCUUCGAAAAAAGUUGCCUGUGUCGCUGUCCCAGCAGAAGUUGCUGACAUGGCUGAGUGUACUGGAGUGUGUGGAGGUGUUCAUGGAGAUGGGGGCUGCCAAGGUGUGGGGCGAAGUAGGCCGCUGGCUCGUCAUUGCUCUCAUCCAGUUGGCCAAGGCCGUCCUGCGCAUGUUCCUGCUGAUCUGGUUCAAGGCUGGCAUUCAGACAUCACCCCCCAUUGUUCCACUGGACAGGGAGACCCAGGCACAGCCCUUGGAUGGCGACCGCAGUCUGGGCAGCCAGGAGCCGUCAUACGUGGGGAAACGGUCAAACAGAGUGGUGCGAACCCUCCAGAACAGCCCAUCCCUGCACUCACGGCACUGGGGAGCACCCCAGCAACGGGAAAUUCGGCAGAAACAGCAGCAGGAAGAACUGAGCACACCCCCAACACCUCUGGGGCUGCAGGAGACCAUCGCAGAGUCUUUGUAUAUUGCCCGGCCCCUGCUGCACUUACUCAGCCUGGGCUUAUGGGGUCAGCGAUCGUGGACACCCUGGCUGCUGUCGGGUGUGGUGGAUAUGACUAGCCUGAGUCUCCUGAGUGACAGGAAGAACUUGACCCGGAGGGAGCGGCUGGAACUGAGGCGCCGCACAAUCCUGCUGCUGUACUACCUGUUACGCUCACCGUUCUAUGACCGAUUCUCUGAAGCCAAGAUCCUCUUCCUGCUCCAGCUGCUUGCAGACCACAUCCCUGGUGUUGGCCUGGUGGCAAGACCGCUCAUGGACUACCUGCCCUCCUGGCAGAAAAUAUAUUUCUACAGUUGGGGCUAACAGACACGCAGGAGCUGGUGCAGAGUGGGCCAUGUGGUGUGAUUUGUUGCUCUGGGCAGGGCCUCUCUCAGCUCCCCAGGCCCCUUCUCUAAAUAAAACUGACUCUGGUCGUGUCUAGCAUGUG